AUGGCCGAAGCUCUACUUUCUGUUGCCUUCAAUGUGCUUUUGGAGAGGUUAACCCCUGAACAGGCUGACUUGAUCAACUUCAUUUGCGGGAAGAAGCUGGAUAACAAGUUACUUCAUCAUUUGAAGCCAUCCUUGAUUGCUGCAAGAGCUGUGCUCAACGAUGCAGAACUCAAACAACUCACAGAUCAUGCUGUGAGAGAUUGGUUAAAUGAACUCAGAGAUGCUGUUUAUGAACUAGAAGACUUGAUGGAUGAAAUUUCCACCCAAGCUGCCACUCAGAAACAGGUGCAAUAUUUCUCCUUUGCUUCCCUUAAUUUGUGUGAUACAAGCAUGGCAAAUAAGUUAAAACGUAUAACCGAUAGAAUUGAAUAUAUUGUGGGGCAAAAAGAUGCCCUCAAUUUGAAGAAGAGCAGUGGAUCAGAAACUUUGUCAUGGAGGCCUCCAGUUACAUCUCAUGUGAAAGCCUCUGAAGUAUAUGGAAGGAAGGAAGAAAAAGAAGAGAUAAUUAAGCUUAUGUUUAAUGGUGACGGUGGUCAGUUGUCUGUGAUCCCCGUUGUGGGCAUGGGUGGGGUUGGGAAGACCACGUUGGUUCAAUUAAUUUAUAAUGAUGAAGAUGUGAGGCAAAAAUUUGAUCUUACUAUAUGGGUUUGUGUUUCUGAAGCAUUUGAUCUUUUGAAAAUUGCACAGACUAUAAUAAAAUCCAUUAGUCCUGGUUUUAUCUGUGAUAAUAUGGAUUUAAAUCUUCUCCAACCUCAUUUGGCGGAGAAGUUGGAAAAAAAACAGUUUUUGGUUGUUCUUGAUGAUGUAUGGAAUGACAAAUACACCGAUUGGGAUACUUUGAGGAAUUUGCUUGACAAUGGAGUGGAAGGAUGUAAAAUUCUUAUUACAACUCGCCUAGAAUGUGUCGCUUUGAUGGUUAAAACUAUCUCAUCAUUUUAUCGCCUAGAUGUUUUGUCUGACAAAGAUUGUUUGUCAAUUUUUGCUGCACAUGCUUUCCAUUUUAGAGAUUCAACAGUGAAUUCAUGCUUAGGAAAAAUUGAAAGAGAUGUUGCUAACAAGUGCAAAGGAUUGCCUUUAGCUGCAAAAGUACUUGGAGGACUUUUUCGAUCAAGGCUUGACUUUGAAGACUGGAAUGAUAUAUUGAAAGAUACCAUGUGGGAUUUAUUGGACAAUGAGAUUAUUCCAACUCUAAGAGUUAGUUAUCAUUAUCUCCCUCCUCAUUUAAAACAAUGCUUUGCCUAUUGUUCUUUAUUUCCAAAGGAUCAUCUAUUUGAUAAGGAAGAAUUAAGCUUGAUGUGGAUGGCAGAAGGUUUUUUGCGGCCAUCAAAAGGGAACAUGACCUUAGAAGAAGUUGGUUAUGGGUACUUUGAUGAUUUAACUUCAAGAUCUUUCUUUCAACCCUUACCUGAAAAAGAUGUGCACUUUCCUCUUGCUCUUGGGCAUGAAAAAAGAGAUGGGUGUUUUGUCAUGCAUGAUCUCAUUCAUGAGUUAGCCACUAAUGUUGCUGGAGAUUUUUACUUUAGACUAGAGAAGAAAGGAAACAAAAUUGGCACCAUGACACGCCAUUUGUCAUGCAACUUCCAAAAUUAUUUGUGCCUAGAUCAUGAGGUUUUUCCAAAAGCAAAAGACUUGCGAACAUUUAUAGGUUUGAAUUUUUCCAAUAUCUCGCGGUUUAUUGGAAAUGCUUCUCAUGUUCUACUAUCAAAUCUAAAGUGCUUACGUACAUUGUCGCUUCGAGAUCUGUCUGCUCUAAAGAUAGUUCCUGAGACAGUUGGGGAAUUCAUCCAUUUACGCUAUUUGGAUCUAUCGAAGACAUGUAUUGCGGGUUUGCCUAAUUCAAUUUGUAAGUUGCAUAAUUUACAAACGUUGAAGUUGUGUGAUUGUACUUUUCUCAAGGUUUUGCCGAGUGACUUGCAAGAUCUUGUAAAUCUUCGCCAUCUGGAUCUCUCUUGGUCAAGAAAUAUUGUAAGUUUGCCUUGCUCAUUAUGCAAAUUAUACAAUCUAAAAACAUUGAGGUUGCAACAUUGUUGGUCUCUGAAGAUGCUUCCGAGUGAUAUGCAAGAUCUUGUCAACUUGCAGCAUCUUGAUGUCAGAGGCACUUGGUUGUUACAAAUGCCUAGGGGAAUGGGUAAAUUAAAAGACUUGCAAUUUUUGAGUGACUUCAUCAUUGGUAAGGAGCAAAGUACUGGGAUUGAGGAACUGGGAGAAAUCUCAAAUUUGAAGGGUUGGAUUGCAAUUAGUAAAUUGGAGAAUGUCAAAAAUGGAAACGAAGCCUAUGAGGCGAGGAUGAUAGAGAAGAAGCACAUUAAAGGUUUAAUGUUAGCAUGGUCAGAUUAUAGUGACGUGGAAGAUACAAGGACUGAAAGAGAUAUUUUGGCAAAUCUUCAACCUCAUUGGGAUUUAGAACAACUGAAAAUUGAUUGUUACAGGGGCACAAUAUUUCCAGAUUGGUUGGGAAGUCCUUCCUAUCACAACAUGACUUGGUUGAAAUUAGAGAAUUGUAAAAGCUGUUGCAUGCUUCCUCCCCUUGGGCAGCUCCCCGCUUUGAAGAUAUUAAAAAUUAGCGGAUUAGAUGGGGUAGAAAGCAUCGGUGAUGAGUUGUUGAAGGGCAAUGAUUAUGCUUCCAUGAUACCAUUUCCAUCCCUUGAAUUUCUUCUAUUUUCAUACAUGACUUCUUGGGAAAAAUGGCAUUCCGUUGACAUGGAAGCUUUCCCUAAACUCCGACAGCUCAAAAUAUCAUGUUGCGAGAAAUUAGUUGGAUAUUUACCUUGCCAGUUGCUUUCUCUAGAAAAUCUGCAAAUAGGAGGUUGUCCAUUAUUUUCUUCUUGUAUUCCAAGCUGUUCCAAACUUCAGAAUUUAGAGAUAGAACGAAGCGAAAAUGUGGUAUGGCAGGAGCAAGAGCUACCUCCUUUCCUUUGCAAGCUAGUAAUUGUAGGUUGUCGGAUGUUGGAAUCAAUGUUGGUAGCACUGUCCAAACAUUCGCAUCUACGACAAUUUACCAUCGAUAAUUUAUCCAAUAUAUCACAUCCAAUGAUUCAUUUGCCCCAGUCAUUAGAACAUUUAAACAUACGCUGGUGCGAAAAUGUUGACUUUGUGAUGAGUUCAAAUGCUCCUCUUCAAAAUCUCCACUCUAUUACUAUUGAACGUUGUAAUUUUCUGAAGUUUAUGUCGGAUGACAUGGAAGGCCUUCUCCCGAAUUUAAGAAAGCUGAGCAUACAGAGUUGUCACAAUGUGGAAGCAUUUCCAGUAGGGGUCUUUAUGCCCAGUUUGAGAGAACUCCAUAUUAAUUGGUGUAAUAUGGAGUUCAUAUUAUCCCUUCAAGCAGAGUGGCACCUCCUUCGUAAUCUCACUUACCUUUCUAUUUGUCUUCCACAUGGUACUUAUGUCAAGUGUUUCCCAGAGGGUUGUUCUCUUCCUACAACUCUUACUACCUUGGAACUCGAUGGCUUUAAUUGGUUAGAGACAUUGAAUUGCACAGGACUCCAGCACCUAACCUCUCUCCAACAACUCAAGAUCAUGCAUUGUCCCAAGCUGGAGAAAUGUCUGGAGAAAAGCUACCUGUUUCUUUGAAAAAGCUUCACAUUUGGGAGUGCCCGUUGCUAGAAAAAAAAUACAUCAACAAGAAUGAAAAACUUUUGCGCCAGAUAUCCCACAUCCCACUCAUCAUUCCAUUCCAGAUAUGAGAUACAAUAAUGCACGAGAGAUGAAGAUUCCGCGAAGUCCAGAUCAUGCUUUAAAAAGUACUGUCUCCCCAUCCACUGUUUUGUGGCUCAUACAAUAUUCAAUCAUGUAAUGAGGAAUUAUUGGAAAAUGUAAUUAUGGAAGCUAGAGUCUAACAUGUUUUGUUCGUCCCAAGUGAUAAAAGAAGUACGGUGCUUCUCCUUCAGAAAGUGUAACGCUCAAAUCAAGAUCCUUCACACAUAUAUUCCUAUUCUAUAGAGCAUAUCAGCAAGGACAGGAAGAGAAUUUGCAUACUUGAACGUGAACUGAGAAGAAAAGCUCAUCAUCUACUUGACAAAAGAUUCUCUGAUAUGUUGGGAGUGUCCUUUGUGUGACUCAUGCGCAUUAGAUUUUUUUUCCUUUCAAAGAUACUUUGGUGACAGCGUGCAAUACAUCUGCAUAUUGAUGUUUUUCUUUGGUUUGGGGUGUAAAUGAUAUGAUGAAUUAUGCA